AUGAGCUGCAUGCAAGAUUUAGGCUUUGAAGUUGAAAGUAGGAACCGGCUGUGCUGCAGUGUGGUGGCGCUGACCGUGCUGGAGUUCCUACUGCCACUGCUGGUGCUCAGCGCCUUCACGGGCCGCAUGGUGUGCGCGCUGUCCCGGCCUGGCCUCCUGCCCCAGGGACGGCAGCGCCGCGUGCACGCCAUGCAGCUGCUGCUCACCAUGCUGGUCAUCUUCCUCCUGUGCUUCACACCUUUCCAAGCCCUCCAGGUGGCCGUGGCGCUGUGGCCCGACGUGCCUCCGCCCCCGAGUCUCGUGGCCUACCAUGUGGCUGUGGCCCUCAGCAGCCUCAAACGUUGCCUGGACCUCAUCGUCUACUGCUUCGUCACCAGCGGCUUCCAGGCAACGGUGCGCAGCCUCCUGGGCCGGCCGGGUGCGGAUGGUGAGCCCAGCAGCAGGGACGUGGUGGGCCUGCACAAGCGCUCCAAGGUCGCGGGGGGCAGCCACGGUCCAGGCCACCGCGCUCUCCCGACAGCCCUGACCAACGGGCCUUAA